GCGGGACACCCGGUGAGCUCUCCGGGGUUGUCCGCACAUGGCAGGGUGGGGUGACAGCUGCUGGACGGCCGCGGACAUGCGAUCAUCGGGGUCACCUCCAGGGACCGGGCGUAGGUGCCUGCCCGUACCCAGCUCUCCCGCACCUUUUCCGGGAACACUUCCCGCGUGGUCCCGCUCUCCGGGCAUACGAUUAAAUUUGUUUCUCAUCAUGGAUCGGGCGAUCUGGGAUCGAACAGUGGAGAUUUAAUAUUUUUUUUGUAUAUUAGAAAUAUAUAAUUUUAUUUAUUUUUAACGGCUUUGGAAAUCGUCCGUUCUCGGAGCAGUGACUGGAGCUCUCCCAGUACCGGGGCGGGGGAUCUGUUCCCGCAGAGCUCGGGUAGGCUCCCCCUCCUCCUCCUGCAGCUGCUGCCCCGGGAGCCUCUUGUUUUUCUCGGCCAGGCUGCUAGUUCCGCCCUGGGUCUGGUGAGGUCGCUCUCCUCCGAGUCCCCGGCGGCUCCUCCUCCUCCCUGUGGCCGGAAGGUGAGGCAGAGCAGCUGGGUGAGAAGAACAAGGAGGUCGGAGGAGCCGCAGAGCGCGUGUCAGCGGAUCGAGCGGAGGGGACAGCGGCACCACGAGGCGGCUCAGCCCAGAGUCUCCUGGACAGGUGCUAAGGAUCUGCCCAGCAGAGGAUGAACGGAGCAGCUAACAACCAACAGACAAACACCAUCAUGACUGCCCUAAGUGAUCAAGAUCAGUGGUCUCAGGAGGACAUGCUUACUCUCCUGGAAACCAUGAAAACCAUCCUUCCCGGCCAGGACAACUCCAAGUUCAAGACAACAGAGUCUCAUCUGGACUGGAACAAGUUGUCCUUCAAAAACUACACUGGGGCCAUGUGCCGCCAGAAGUGGAUCGAGAUCUCGAAUGAGGUCAGGAAGUUCCGGACGCUCACAGAACUGAUCUUAGAUGCAGAAGAACAUGUAAAGAACCCCUAUAAAGGAAAGAAACUGAAGAAACAUCCUGAAUUUCCCAAGAAGCCCCUAACACCCUAUUUCCGAUUUUUUAUGGAGAAGAGGGCCAAGUAUGCUAAACUUCAUCCAGAGAUGAGCAACCUGGACCUGACCAAAAUCCUGUCCAAAAAGUAUAAAGAGCUACCGGAAAAGAAAAAGGCAAAAUAUAUUCAGGAUUUCCAGAGAGAGAAGCUAGAAUUUGAGAGGAACCUGGCAAGAUUCAGAGAGGAGCACCCAGACCUCAUGCAGUCUACAAAGAAAUCGGACGCCCCGGAAAAACCCAAGACUCCCCAGCAGCUGUGGUACAAUCAUGAAAGAAAGGUCUACCUUAAAAUAAAGCCUGAUGCCAGCACAAAAGACGUGAAGGAUGCCUUGGGAAAACAGUGGUCUCAGCUCUCGGAUAAGAAACGCCUCAAAUGGAUCCAUAAAGCACUGGAACAGCGCAAGCUAUAUGAUAACACAUUGCGGGAGUACAUGCAGAAACACCCGGAAAUGAACCUUUCUGAAGAGGGCAACACCCGCUCCACCCUUACCAAGGCCGAGCGCCAGCUCAAAGACAAAUUUGAUGGACGACCAACGAAGCCACCUCCGAACAGCUACUCCAUGUACUGUGCCGAACUAAUGGCCAACAUGAAGGAUGUCCCCAGCACUGAGCGCAUGGUCCUCUGUAGUCAGCGGUGGAAGCUGCUCUCUCAAAAGGAAAAAGAUGCUUACCACAAGAAAUGUGAACAGAAAAAGAAAGAAUAUGAAGUUGAGCUGAUGCGUUUUCUUGAGAGCCUCCCAGAAGAAGAACAGCAGAGAGUUCUUGCAGAAGAAAAGAUGGUGGGCGCAAACAAGAAAAGUGGCCCAUCCGCGAAGGUGACUGCUCAGGAUGCUACCAAGACAAAGAGCAAACCACCUAGUCAGGCAGAGAAGAAGAAGGCUGCAGAUGAGCGGGGUAAACUCCCAGAGACACCAAAGACUGCUGAGGAGAUCUGGCAGCAGAGUGUGAUUGGGGACUACCUUGCCCGGUUUAAGAAUGACCGAGCUAAAGCCCUAAAGUGCAUGGAGUCCACCUGGCUAAACAUGGAGAAAAAGGAGAAGAUCAUGUGGAUCAAAAAAGCAGCGGAGGACCAGAAAAGAUAUGAGAGAGAACUUAGUGAUAUGAGGUCUCCUCCAGCCGUAGCGACCCCUGCAAAGAAGAUGAAGUUCCAGGGAGAACCAAAAAAAGCCCCAAUGAAUGGUUAUCAGAAAUUCUCACAGGAACUCCUCUCAAAUGGAGAACUAAAUCACCUCCCCCUAAAGGAGCGUAUGGUGGAGAUUGGCAGCCGCUGGCAGCGGAUUUCCCCCAGCCAAAAGGAUUAUUACAAGAAGCUAGCUGAAGACCAGCAGAGGGUCUACCGUUUGCAACUGGAAACUUGGAUAAAAGGUUUAUCAUCUCAGGACCGGGCAGCCUACAGGGAGCAGAUAUCUACCAAGCGCAAAAGUACAACGAAACUCAAAGCACCGAGUCCAAAAUCUAAGCCUACAUCACAGAACAAAUCGGAGGAUGAUGAGGAUGACGAUGACGAUGAUGAUGAUGACGACGACGAUGAUGAGGAUGAAGACGAGGACAAAGAUUCUUCCGAUGGAGAUUCCUCUGAUUCCAGCAGUGAAGACGACAGCGAAGAUGGAGAAGAGAACGAAGACGAGGAAGAGGACGAUGAUGACGAGGAAGAGGAUGAUGAUAAUGAAUCAGGCUCCAGUUCUUCAUCUUCGUCUUCAGGAGAUUCUUCGGAUUCUGACUCUAACUGAAGAGGAACUGCCUGCUGCGAAGAGGGGGUGUUCAGAAGGCAGGAAGGACACAUUUUGAGGACACCUGUCCCCUAUACUCAAGUCAAACAUGAAACUUUACAAUUUGCAAGGAAACUGACUUCACAGAAACACAAAGUGAAGGCAGCCAUUUUAUGCAUCAAGGCACUAUUCAUGAAGCUCCUCAGUGUUGUAUUGGUGGGCUGCAUUCUAUUUGGUUCAGUCUCCAAAAUGGCUGCCUUCUCUGUGCAUGGGGUAAUUAUUUCAGGGCUCUAAAGGUCUCAUAGGGCAAUUUGUUAGCUAAUGAUUUGUCAGCAUAGAUAGGCUAUGCUGUACAGUCAGUAUCUGCACCGGGAAUCUUUAUACCCACGUUUGGACCUAGGAAGGAAUAUGGCGCUUUUCAAUAUUUUUUUAUUUUUUUUUUCCACAUCAUUUUUUUUUUCUUCUUUUUUUUUUUCGGGGUGGGGGUUAAAUUUUUGAGUUAAUGUCCCUAAUAUAUGCCCACUUUUCUGCUGUACCCAGCCGGUCUUAGUCAACCAUUUUAUUUCUUACACACUUCUCUCGAUGCGUUUCCCUCAAUAUCCAUUUGCACUUCUCUGACCUUUUGAACACCAACAUAAAUGGGCCACACCCAUUCAUGUCACGUGUAUUACGUGUAUUUAAAUGGCUACAUUCAUAGCAGGUUUUUAUUUUUUCUCUUUGUUUUGGUACAGCCAAAAUGAAACACUUCUCGCUCCAAUACAACCCUAUCAACCCUGUGUGUCUCCAUGGUAACAGACUGCACACAUGUUCUAUGUAGUCUGGUCCUGCAGAGUACUUACCUCUUCAUAACAUACAUUUGAUAGACUGGCAUAAAGUGGAGAACAGAUUAAAGAGCACCAUUCAGAUUACGUUUCAGAGCUAUAUAUAAGGUAUACGUUAGGAUAUCAGCAGAAAGUUAUUUCCAUACCAUGGCAGGUGUGUUUGGUGUAUUUCCCAAACACAUACUUGUAAUUUUGCAGUACACAACAGCGUAAUCUACCAUGCUUUGGGGUCCUGCAAUAUAAAAGUUAGACCCUCACAAAACAGACUGGACAUAGUUGCUGGUAGGCUAUGUUCAAUCUCCUAAAGUGAAAGGGUCCACCAUGUUGUAUCUGGAAACUUUUUUUUACCAAUAUCCUGUAGCAUACCUCGUACAUAACCAAAACUCUGUGUGAACAGGGCCUAAGGCUACACAUGUUACCAUGAAGGCAGAGGUUCGCGCCUGGUGGGCAUGGUUUCAUCUCUUUCUAGCAGGACUGUACCCGUAAAUUAAUGCAAUGUGAGAAAAUGGUUAUGACUGUGGACAUGCACCAGGUUAUGUUCAGUAAAGGCAAUGGACACCUAGGAGUGAGGAGCAUUACCUUUUUUAAAAAAAAAAAAUUGUAACUUUUUGUUGUCAUCCAGUCAUGGCAGUACAGCAGGAAAGCAAGAUGAAAGCUGCAAACAUGUUACAUAUAUGUGAGGUAAAGUUUGCCGGUCAUCUACAGGGGGGCAGCCAUUUUGUUAGGUCAUGCCAAGCCUAUCAUUGAGGCAUCGCACAACAAAAUGGCUGCCUCGAACUUAUCAAUGAUGACAGGUGAAACUCACACCUUUAGAAUAGUGAAUAUAUGGGGAUAUUUUUUCACUUGUUUUAUCCAUCCUCUUUGUGUGAUAUUGAGAUAUAGGCCCUUAUUUACUAAGAGUGGAGUGUAGGUUUCUUUGUGGGUUUUAAUUCCCUACAAUUUAUUUUUCACGGUAUUCACUAAGGUUUCUCUACAUUUUCCACUUUCCCUACAUUUUGCUUUUUUUUACACAUGCUCUGAUCUGUCUGGUUUUCCUCAGCUCAAUUCCACCACAUUUUAUGUGAAAACCUUAGUAAAUAUGUUGGAUUUUUGUGAAAAUGUCGGGAACAUGCCCCUUUUUGGAGACCACGCCUCCUUUUCGCCACGGCCCUUUUACGGGUUUUCUUAGCAAAAUGGAGAGUUAGUCGGGUUUUUUUAAUUCUGUCGGGUUUUCCUCAGCUCAAAUCCACCACAUUUUAUGUGAAAACCUAAGUAAAUAUGUUGGAUUUUUGUGAAAAUGUCGGGAACAUGCCCCUUUUCGGAGACCACGCCUCCUUUUCGCCACAGCCCUUUUACGGGUUUUCUUAUCAAAAUGGAGAGUUAGUCGGGUUUUUUUAAUUCUGUCGGGUUUUCCUCAGCUCAAAUCCACCACAUUUUAUGUGAAAACCUUAGUAAAUAUGUUGGAUUUUUGUGAAAAUGUCGGGAACAUGCCCCUUUUCGGAGACCACGCCUCCUUUUCGCCACAGCCCUUUUACGGGUUUUCUUAAAUGGAGAGUUAGUCGGGUUUUUUUAAUUCUGUCGGGUUUUCCUCAGCUCAAAUCCACCACAUUUUAUGUGAAAACCUUAGUAAAUAUGUUGGAUUUUUGUGAAAAUGUCGGGAACAUGCCCCUUUUUGGAGACCACGCCUCCUUUUCGCCACAGCCCUUUUACGGGUUUUCUUAUCAAAAUGGAGAGUUAGUCGGGUUUUUUUUAAUUCUGUCGGGUUUUCCUCAGCUCAAAUCCACCACAUUUUAUGUGAAAACCUUAGUAAAUAUGUUGGAUUUUUGUGAAAAUGUCGGGAACAUACCCCUUUUCGGAGACCACGCCUUCUUUUCGCCACGGCCCUUUUACGGGUUUUCUUAGCAAAAUGGAGAGUUAGUCGGGUUUUUUUUAAUUCUGUCGGGUUUUCCUCAGCUCAAAUCCACCACAUUUUAUGUGAAAACCUUAGUAAAUAUGUUGGGUUUUUGUGAAAAUGUCGGGAACACGCCCCUUUUUGGAGACCACGCCUCCUUUUCGCCACAGCCCUUUUACGGGUUUUCUUAGCAAAAUGGAGAGUUAGUCGGGUUUUUUUUUUAUUCUGUCGGGUUUUCCUCAGCUCAAAUCCACCACAUUUUAUGUGAAAACCUUAGUAAAUAUGUUGGGUUUUUGUGAAAAUGUCGGGAACACGCCCCUUUUUGGAGACCACGCCUCCUUUUCUCCACGGCCCUUUUACGGGUUUUCUUAGCAAAAUAGAGAGUUAGUCGGAUUUUUUCAAUUCUGGUGCAAAUUGUGGCGCAACAUCUGGUGCAGACAGAAUUUCUGGCGCAAUGCGACAGAAUCUGGCACACAACCCGACAAAACAUGUUGGGUUUGCAAUAGUAAAUGAGGGCCAUUGUUUUGUUUUUGUUUCCGCCCCCCUCAUGUUCUUUAUUUUUAUUUUUUUGCCAUGAGAAUCCGUUUUAAGAAACAAAAAAGCCCUACGAGUAACUUUGUAAAAAAAAAUUUUUUUUUUUUUAAACCUUUUUUUCUCUUUUUGGGGAAAAUGUAGAUUCUUACCAUGCAGGUUGAACGCAUGGUGAGAGACAAAACACUUUUAGUGCAUUUUUAGCACUAUAAAACAAAAUAGGAUGGUGAGGUGCGUUACAAGAAGAAAAAAGAAAAAAAAACUGAAAGUAAGAUCUUUUUUUUUUUUUUUCCUAAAUGGACGAUAUUUAAAACACAGAUGCUUUUUUGUAGGUUAAAUGGAAAAUAAAAAAAAAAUGUGUUUUGUAACAAAUUCAUUGGUUUAGUGUAGACAGAAAUUAUGUGUGUUAUUUUUGUUUUGUACAAAAAAGGGGGGUCG